GGGGGCUUUUUCGGUGGUGCGACGCUGUGUCAAACUUUGUACUGGACAUGAAUACGCCGCCAAGAUUAUCAACACCAAGAAGCUCUCAGCAAGAGAUCACCAGAAGUUGGAGCGAGAAGCUCGCAUCUGCCGUCUCCUGAAGCAUUCCAACAUUGUUCGUCUCCAUGACAGCAUAUCCGAGGAAGGUUUUCACUACCUCGUCUUUGAUCUGGUCACGGGUGGUGAGCUCUUCGAAGACAUUGUUGCCAGAGAAUACUACAGUGAAGCUGAUGCAAGGUGUUAUUCUUUACAUCUUACUCGUGGGAUAUCCUCCUUUUUGGGAUGAGGAUCAGCACAAGCUGUACCAACAGAUUAAGGCUGGUGCCUACGAUUUUCCUUCCCCUGAAUGGGACACAGUCACUCCUGAAGCAAAAAACCUCAUAAAUCAAAUGUUAACCAUCAACCCUGCAAAGAGAAUCACAGCACACGAAGCUCUGAAACAUCCAUGGGUCUGCCAACGUUCAACAGUGGCUUCAAUGAUGCACAGGCAGGAGACCGUAGAGUGUCUGAAGAAGUUCAAUGCAAGAAGGAAGCUCAAGGGUGCCAUUCUUACUACUAUGUUGGCAACAAGAAACUUUUCAGCAGCUAAAAGUUUACUGAAUAAGAAAGCGGACGGCGUGAAGCCUCAGACAAACAGCACCAAAAGCAGCGCCGGAGUUACCAGCCCAAAAGGGACCCUUCCUCCAGCUGCACUGGAGCCUCAAACCACCGUUAUCCAUAACCCAGUGGACAGCAUUAAGGAAUCAUCCGACAGCACAAACACCACCAUAGAGGAUGAAGACACGAAAGCCCGCAAACAAGAAAUAAUCAAGAUAACGGAGCAGCUGAUAGAGGCUGUGAACAAUGGAGAUUUUGAGGCCUAUGCAAAAAUAUGUGAUCCGGGCCUAACUUCGUUUGAGCCUGAAGCGCUGGGCAAUCUUGUUGAAGGGAUGGACUUCCACAGAUUUUACUUUGAAAACUUGUUAUCUAAGAACAACAAGCCCAUUCACACAACCAUCCUGAACCCUCAUGUGCAUGUCAUCGGGGAAGAUGCUGCCUGCAUUGCCUACAUCCGCCUGACACAGUACAUCGAUGGGCAGGGCCGUCCCCGUACUUGCCAGUCUGAAGAGACCCGGGUCUGGCACCGCCGGGAUGGCAAGUGGCAGAAUGUCCACUUCCACUGCUCGGGAGCUCCGGUGGCCCCACUCCAGUGAAGAAUUCAUGCUGGCUGUUCUGAUUUCAUCCCGAAGGAGAUGGUGAUUUCAGCUGAGCCACUAGCCGGGAGCAGCAGUGACAAGCACGCGCCCGCAUGCUCGUGUCCCCCCCCCGUUCCCUCUCCUUCCCCUCUUUCAUUUCCAGUGCCUGUGUUUGCAAAGAGAGAGAGACAGAGACAGAGAA